CGCAUGCAGGUAGCCUUCCUCCCUACACACGCAGCAGCAUCACCACGCAUCCUUUACUCCACUCUUAUUUCUCCUCACUGAAGAGAGACACCGCUCGUGGUGGAGCCCCCUCCUCCUGUUUUUUUGGCUUUCUGAAACAUCUGGAAGAGCUGGGGUUUGUUUAUUUUUCUGGGCUUUUUGUGGCCGAGGAAGAGGAGGGAGACAGCAGCAGCAGGACGGAGCACUUGACACCUUUGCUUCACGACAUCGAUAUGCAGUAGUGUGAUAGCAGCUCUGCGGAGACGGGAAGGCCAGUCCAUGGCAUCUUGAUAUUAAAAACCGUGGGCUCUGCGCAUUCCUCGCCGCCUUUUAUUCCCCCCUCCUUCUGCGGAUUAACUUGGCCAGAUUUACAUUCAGCGAAAGGGGGGGAAGGAAAUCUGACCAAUAAUCCAAUUUUGAGCAUUGAGAUUCUGUUUUGGUGGGAUUUCACUUGGACCUGCGAUGGACUCCAGCGCGGGGGAACAUGGCAUGGCUCGUCUCGGAUUGUUUUUGGUUUUUUUCGCGGGGCUGAUGUGGAGAUUUAGCGAUGCUUGCCCCGCAUCCUGCACUUGCAGCAUCUCAAGGAUUGUUUGUAUUGAUUCCGUGCCGGGGCUCGAGGAUUUCCCCGUGCUCACGUUAGAUGACAUGGAAAACAUCACGGAGAUAUACAUCGCAAAUCAAAACAGACUAUUUGACAUCGAUGACAACAGUCUGAGGCACUACAUCAACCUCCGAAACCUAACCGUGACGAAUACAAGGCUGUCGUCUAUCACCUCAGAUGCUUUUUUCAACAACACAAGACUCCAGUACAUAAAUCUCAGAGACAACAACCUAUCGACGCUUUCCUGGAGAACAUUUCAGAACCUCAACGCCUCAUUACCGCUCCUCCUGUCUGGAAACCCUCUGGACUGUGUUUGUGAAAACUUGUGGAUCAAACUGCGACUCCUGGAGGAAAGCGACAGUCCUGAUCUGAGAUGCAUAGACGACAGAGGAGUGACGCAGGCCUUCGCCACCCUCACCCCACCAGACUGCGAGGUUCCCAGAGUAGAGGUCAAACCAAGGACCGUGAAUCUGAUGCAGGGGAGCAGAGUGGAGGCUGUGUGCAAUGCCUCGGGCUCGCCUCUCCCAAGGAUCCAGUGGAACCUUGAAAUGCUCUCUACACACUUUGAGAUCGAGCCAUCGGAUAUGAAGAGCAAGCUCACUCUGUUAGACCUGUCUCCAGAUGAUAAUGGCAGGGUGAUCAUAUGCAGCGCCGAGAACAUGGUCGGUCAGACAGAGGCCACGCUGCAGCUCAACAUUCUCUUUGCCCCCACCAUCCAGCAGCUGUUGCCGCCCGAGCGGGACCACCACUGGUGCAUCCCCUUUAGCGUGACAGGGAACCCCAAGCCUGACCUUCAGUGGUACCACGAGAACAAGGCCCUUGAGGAGCAGGACUUCAUCCGCACCAUGAUCCACCUGUCCACUGAAAGCGAGUACCAUGGCUGCCUGCAGCUGGUCAACCCCACACACAUCCACAAUGGCGUGUACAGACUGGUGGCUAAGAAUAAGUAUGGCCGGGACGAGAAGAAGGUGUCAGCGCAGUUUAUUGACCCUCCUAGGAUCGGCCACACACCCGUGUACUGUGUCUUUGAAGCUGAAGAGCAUUUCUACUACUACCCAACCGACUCACCUCCAGUGGAUGAUAGUGUUGCUGUUUACGUUGUCUCUGGAAUCAUCGGUGUUGCUUUAACCGGCUGUGUUCUGAUGAUGAUCAUCCUGAAAUAUGGAAGAAACUCCAAGUUUGGAAUAAAAGGCUCCUCCUCGGUCAUCAGUAACGACGAUGACUCCGCCAGCCCUCUUCAUCACGUCUCCAAUGGCAACAACACCCCGUCGUCCUCCGAGAUGGGUCCAGACGCGGUGAUCAUCGGGAUGACAAAGAUUCCUGUCAUCGAGAACCCGCAGUACUUCCGUAACUCGGGCAGCAUGCUGAAAUCCGACACGUUUGUGCAGCACAUAAAGAGACACAACAUCGUCCUGAAGCGGGAGCUUGGAGAGGGAGCCUUCGGGAAGGUGUUUCUGGCUGAGUGCUAUAACCUGGUACCGGACCAGGAGAAGCUCCAUGUGGCCGUCAAGACUCUCAAAGAGGCCAACGAGAGCGGGCGAGCAGACUUCUACAGGGAGGCAGAGCUACUCACAAACCUGCAGCAUGAACACAUCGUCACUUUUUAUGGAGUAUGUGUGGAGAGCGACCCGCUCAUCAUGGUGUUUGAAUACAUGAAACAUGGAGACCUGAACAAGUUCCUCAGGUCUCACGGUCCUGAUGCAGUACUCAUGGCAGACGGUCAACACAGCAUCCUGGUGGAGCUCACCCAGUCCCAGAUGCUGCACAUUGCCCAACAGAUUGCUGCUGGCAUGGUCUACCUGGCCUCUCAGCACUUCGUCCACAGAGACUUGGCAACCAGGAACUGCCUGGUCGGGGAAAACCUGCUGGUCAAGAUCGGAGACUUUGGCAUGUCCAGAGACGUCUACAGCACAGAUUACUACAGAGUGGGCGGUCAUACGAUGCUGCCAAUCCGCUGGAUGCCCCCGGAGAGCAUUAUGUACCGGCGGUUCACCACAGAGAGUGAUGUGUGGAGCCUUGGCGUGGUGCUGUGGGAGAUCUUCACCUACGGAAAGCAGCCGUGGUACCAGCUCUCCAACAACGAGGUGAUCGAGUGCAUCACACAGGGCCGGGUUCUGCAGCGGCCCCGCACCUGUCCUAAAGAAGUCUAUGACCUGAUGCUUGGCUGCUGGCAGAGAGAGCCCUACAUGAGGCUCAACAUCAAGGAGAUCCACAGCAUGCUGCAGAGCCUGGCCAAGGCCUCGCCCGUCUACCUGGACAUACUGGGCUGAUGCACCUGUGUUCCUGUAUGUACUCUGUGUGUGUGGAUGUGAGUGUGGUGCGCCUGCGUGUGUACAGACCCCGGCUGUAAAUGUUCCUGUAAAUGCUCCACUCCGUGUCCUCAUCACAUUGAGAAAAGCCUUAAAUCUUCAGUGACUUUGAUUUGCUUUGUUUCUAAUUUGCAGAGGCAUGUUUCAUAAAUGGAAACCAAAAUGCAUACAAGAUGAUGUAAUUUUAUCCAAACAUAUAUCACUAGUACAUGUCGGAGGCAUCAGAACAAGUGGAUCCCCAUAAUCAGUAUCACUUCCUGUUAGCUGGGAUCAAAAAAGGGAAAAUAUCUCCAUAAUGGACUUUAUAUUGACACAACUUUGUAGAUAGAGCUUUCUCUUCUUUCAGCACAGAGCAGGAAGAUUCUCAUUAAGAAGCGUUUUCUUUUCUAUUUCAGAAUAUUUUAAUAUUUGUACAAAUUUAUAAAUGUUGACUUUGUUUUCAUACCUGGUUAAAUCAGUAGAUUGUGAAGCUUUCUGUUUUAUUUUCAAUCAUACAUGUCUACUACAGUGCAGGUGUGUUUAAAAUGGAGUGAAACCUAUUCUAUUAGAGCCUGCCUCUUCUAUAUAACCUAUUCCAGUCCGCUGGAGGACGUCCCAAUGUGAAAUCAGUGUUGAGGUUGUGAAACACAAGGGCAAACGUGAUUCUACGCUGUUUCUUUAUCAUCAUUUGAAACUUUUUAAGCUAAAGGUUAAAGGUCAGUCACUUUUCUGUUGUCUCUAUUGCAACCUUUUCUUCUUUAAUAUAUCAAAAGCACAGAGAAAGAGGAUUUGGCAUUGUUGAGCUGUGCCUAAUCUUAAAAAAACAUGAGCACAGUUUGUUUAUUUCAACUUUUUCAUUCACCAGCAAUGCCAUUCAGCUAAUCUUUGUUGUUCGGUGGCCCAUAUAUGUAGACGAUGUGCUGUUGUACGCAUCUAAGAGACCCAACAGAGCAGGAGUCCUUGCAUUUUGAUUAGGGCUGAACGAUUCUGGAAAAUAAUCUGUGAUUUUUUUCCCCCAGUAUUGCAUCAUAUGCGAUUAUUCCAUAUCUCUUUUAUUCCUAAACAAGGGCUGAGAAAUGUCUUAAAAAAUAUCUACUUCUGAUGAUUUGGACUCGUGUUGCAAAUUGGAUAUAAUUGUUGCAUUGAAGGGGUUUUGUCAUUCUCAUAUUUAAUUAGAAAAAGUACAAAAAUUAAGGUAGGAUUUUUUUAUUCUAAAAAAAAUGGCACUUGAAUGAUUGCAUGAUAUGUCAUGCAUAGCAUCUCUGCUGCAAAAAAAGUUUAAAACUGCUACUUUGGCACAAAUAUCACUUCAAAGAAAUAUUGCACCUUCUGCAAUUUGAAGAUUGCUGCAGCCCAUAUUGCAAUUGAAUCUAAUUUUCGAUUAAUUUUCCAGCCCUAGUUUUGAUGCAGUGCACUGAUGAUUAAACUUACAUGUAUUGAAGUUAUUUAUUUAUUCAGAAUGCAGGAGUGAACUUUGAGGAUGUAAUGUUUUAUUCUACAUAGAGGGCUGAGAGAGCAGUAAAAGCAUUAAUUAAGAGUCUGAUUGCCCUUAAAGAGUCCCCGGGGUGCUUUCAUCUCUCCAAGCGGCCCCUCUCAGCCGGGUGGUGGCUGAAACAGCUCCUCCCUGUCAGUCAGCACUAAAGCACAUUUUUACAGGCUGAAUGCUUGUAGUUCAAACUGGCUCUGAUAAAUCUGAGAUUAAAAAUACUAAAGCAAAGUGUGGCGAUCAGAGAGUCUGCAAACAAAAGCAGCAGCCAUCACUCCUUCAUAUUAACAUCAUGUAUUUACACAUCGAUGCAUUCAGCAGUAAGGCGCUUUGCUAAAUUGAUAUCUCAUGCUUAGUGCACUUUGUAGCAUCACUUAAAGGGAUAUUCCUGGAUUUUUCAACCUGGGUCCUACUUUCAUAUGCUAAUGUGUGUAAAAGAGUAACAGGAACAUGAUAUUUUGAAUUGCUCCAGUAGCUUGUUAAUCAGUCUAAAGUCAGGCAGCUUCUUGGUAUAAAACUCCACUGCACCUGCCUGACAGCAACUCAACAACAAACAUUUCAUCAAAUGUUUGCUGAAACCUGUGAAAAUUAGGACUGAAAUUGGACAUUGCUGACAACUACUGAUGCAAUUCGCCAACUAGUCAAUUAUCCGCUGGUUACACCAUAGUGCAGGCUUUUCGGGCUGUACAUUUGACAAAGUUGACAAAUAUUUGACGGAGUUGACAAACAUCUGACGGAGUUGACAAAUGUCUGAUAGAGCUGACAAACAUCCUGUAGAGUUGACAAACAUCCUGUAGAGUUGACAAACAUCCUGUAGAGUUGACAAACAUCCUGUAGAGUUGACAAACAUCUGACGGAGUUGAAAAAUAUCUGAUAGAGUUGACAAACAUUCUGUAGAGUUGACAAACAUUUGACGGGGUUGACAAAAAUCUGAUAGAGUUGACAAACAUCCUGUAGAGUUGACAAACAUUUGACGGGGUUGACAAACAUCUGAUAGAGUUGACAAACAUCUUGUAGAGUUGACUAACAUCUGAGGGGGUUGACAAACAUCUGACGGAGUUGACAAAAAUCUGAUAGAGUUGACAAACAUUUGAUGGAGUUUACAAUGAGGAUAGGAAGUGAUUGCUUAAUCUAGCUUAUUUAACCCUAAUAAUUAUCUGAAUUGACUACAGAUAAAGAAAAAUGAUGGUAUAAAACCUGAAACCAAGAUUUCUACAUCUUCUGACAAAUGUUCAUCUGUAUAUUUUUUCAGUAAUUGUUGGAUUACUGCUGGACGCCCACAGGUUUGGAUCGUGGCUCUUGCAGAGGUAUUUCUUGAACUAUUUAACCCUUCGGCUGAGCAGGGUUUAGUUGCACUGACAUGACAUUCCUUUUAACGAUGAAAUUUAACAACCUUGCAGCAAAAAUAAUCUCUUUGCGGACUAAACUGACUUACUAGGAGUACAUUGAAGCCUUUCCAGUCAGGGUGCAGCUGCUGGCUAAAGCAAACUUCUGGAGAAAUUCUGAAACAUUUUAUUCCCGUUAAACAUCCACACACUGAAAGCAUGUAUUAGUGGGACCAAGGUUUUAAAAUAACAGGAUUUGCCAUUUAACCCCCAAAUGCACAACCUGAGCAGCUGCUCUUUGCCUCAACCUCACCUACACUUAAAAAACAGACCAACACCCUCGCUAUGACCUGAAAAUGUCCCUCUGUGUUUUUCUUACUGUCAGUUCUGUAUAAUAGUCACGUGUCUGCUGUAUAUAACUGGCUGUCCAUUCUGUACAGUUCUGAGAUUUGUCUAUAUCAAUAGUAGGCUAUGUUUAAUAGUAUAAUCUGUUAAAGCAGAUAUCAUGUCCAAACUGUGUGACAUCUAUUGAAGACGACGUGUUAUGGGCCACUGGCAAUACAUAUUAUAUGUAAAUACGAUUUAAUUUGUGCUACAUUGUAUAAUUUCUUUGUGCUCGUUCAUAGUACCGGUGAGAAAACAAUCCUUUUUUUGCAACUUUGGAUUUGCAGAGGACUUUAUUUGAACAAAAAAAAAAGAUCUCUUUCCUCUCCACUGUGAUGGGGAGAUUUACGCAGAGGCCGUGUGAGAUGCUGACUGUCCGCAGGAGGAUCAUAGACUCUGGAUCUGAUUCAAAACAUCAGGAUCCCUCCGAGCCGACAGGAGGAGGUCAAGCUCCACCGCCGCUCCACCUCUGACUGACUGUAGCCUAUUUGAUCCUCUUUCAGAUGAAUAACUGUGACUUUGCAUCAUGAAUAGUAUAUUAUUUUGAAUGUAAUCUAGCAGGGUCGGGACCUUUUUUGAAUGUAAUCUAUCUGGAGGGGAGGGCGGGUCGAGGAUUUUUUUGUAAAUAUGUGGUAAAAGAAAAAAAACGAUAACAGUUUUCAUUCCUGUGCAGAUAACAGAUUUUACUUACUGUGGGAUUACCGAGUGUGUGUGUGAGAGUUUGUGUGUGUGUGCACAUACCUCCGUAUGCAAGAGUGUAUGCGUGUGCGUGCUCUCCUGGCAGAUUUAAUCCUGCUUUAAUCAGCCAGUUCUAUCAAUCAAUUCAAUGCUUUGUGCAUCAUGUGAGUAGCUUAUCCACAAUUAAUGGAAAUGUUCCUUGUGAUACUGUGCAUUUA